CGCAACUCUCUUAGUUUCAAACAACGCUUCAAAAUGGCGUCGUCAAACGUAGAGUUCUAUGAACGGCAAAGAGACCUACAGGAAACAGUGACCAAGAGUGAACAAGAAAGGCUUCAACUGGAGAAACAGCUCAAGCUGUUGUUAAAGAGUGAACAGAAUAGUUCUCAAAUGAAGGCAACUCAACUCCAAACCUACUGGAAAAAGAUCUGUGCAGAUGAAAAAAGAGCGCAACAACGAAAUGCUAUGCUGAUGCGGGAAUUUGAACGAAUUGAUGCCCAUCUUGUGUCAACAGCUGCUCGAACUGAGCGUUUACAGUUCUUGAAACGGCAGUAUGCUGACUAUAUUAAGCAGACCUACCCAGAGUGGACAAACCUGGUUGAGAAAAAGAUCAUAGGAGGAACAUCAACACCAGAAAAUCCGACUACUCAGGCUGAGAAAAAUGAUAGAACAUCAGGUGGUAGACAUUCCCAAGAAUGGACAGAAGCUGAAAAAGAUGAAUUACCCGUCCAGGUCCAAGAACAUGUAAAGAAACAGCAAGAGCCAGAGGCUUCUGGAGACAGCUCUCGUGAUAGAGAUAGUCUGAGAGGAAGAACUGUGUUGAAUCCACCUCAGACUGGCACAGCUGGUACACAGAAUGUGAGAUCUAUGGGAAAACUAGGCGAUGUGAAGAACAUAUCGUCCAGAGAAAUCAGCUUUUCAGGUGCUGCUGGGGAUGUUUCUGAUGUUAGAUCAGUUGGUAAGCAGCAACAGCAGACUCCUCAACAACCUUCAUCAAUGAAGCAGGUGGCAGGUAGCUCACAACUCCAGUCAACAUUCAGUGACAACAUAUCUAGAUCAGAAUAUGCUAACAUAAACCAGUUCAGCAAUUUACACAUGGGAAGUCCACAUAGAGGUCAGGGAGAUUAUGGAACUGUGGACCCAGGCAAUGAAGAUGAACUGAGUGACUUCGGCAGUGUAACCGAGAUACCUUUAAAUGGAGGAGAUUCCUCGCCAUUGAAAGUUGCAGCAGAGAGAAAAAUGCUCAGAGAAAAUGUUGAUGAGGCCAUCCACAGUACUGGGUCCUUGCCUCCACAGUUAACUAUAGAUGGUCUUAUCCGACUGUUACACCACAUUGAGUCUGACUUUGCAAGCAACGGACCAGAGGGAGACUAUUAUAGAUCACCUAUUCUAAAAACAGAGGAUAAGGAGAAUAUAAUACAACUAGCCAAUGCUAGCCGUGAUUUGUCGACAGUGCCAUCAUCAACUGCCAGUCACUUAGUGCUGGAACAGAUUUCUAGUGUUGUACGCAGUCUGCCUGAAAAAUGCCUUAUCAAGGAAGAUCUUCUAAAGCAGCCUCCUGAAAAACUUGUGCUGUCUGACAUAGGGAGAAACCUCACAAAGGAUGCCCAAGUCUUGUGGACGGUCCUUUUCUCCCACUUUCUGCAGCUGCUGGCAGCCAGAGUAAUGGAGGCAAAUGAGAUUGCAGCAGUCUUUGUGCCCUGCUUGGUGAUGGAUCGAUCUUUAUUCCAAGAUAAGGCAUUUGUGCUUUUGGUUCAUCUGCUAAAAGCUAAUGAUGGGGAGGAGGAGCUCGCAACUGAUGCCUCUAGCAUUACAUCACCUCACCCACCAGCUACUCCCAAACAUUUGGGUGGUUCAGGAAGUCUCACGGAAGAUGGCAGAGUACCACCACUCAAAUUUCCUGGCAGCCUGAUAGACAGACCUUUCAGUGAUGAUGAGUCCAGUUUCUUUGAUCAGAGCCUGCCAAAAGACCAAGCUGUACCACUUAAUGAGACCUCAGCAUAUCAGCAGAUGCUAACAGGGACCUUUUCCAGCCAGCAACUUGGAGGGCAUGCAUUAUCAGAUGACACAGAUGAUGACGACAUGGAGAAAGAGUUUGCUUCUGCUUUAUCUCCACGUAUCAGCAUGCCUGUUUCAUCAACCUCUCAUACUAAAGCCACAGUCCAGCAAGGACCUGAACCAGCUGUUUCAUUAGGAAUGACUUCACCAAAAUCACCUGUCCAUGUCCCCACUGGUAUCAAGGAAAAACCAACUUUAGGCUUCACUGGCUCCAGUCAAAUAAUUCGACAAGGUCUAAAGAUUGGAUCAGAUUUUGACACAGACUCAGAAAUGGAUCCCAGAUUGUAUGGAAGCAUGAAAAAGCCAGAUGAGGAACAAGAUGAUUUUGAUUUUUAUGACUGAAUCACUUGAGGCAAGACUGCUGUGAUAGUUCAUUGAUUUUGUCUAUGCAUUCCAAAGAUUUAUCCAUCACCUCCUUCUGCUGUCAUAUAUUUUUCACAUUCCAUGAAUUCUGAUGAUUGUUUAGUGCCUUUAGUCC